UAUCAAACUCUUGCUGUGGUCGACUGACUCACUCUCUCCCAUGAUCUGAUCAUCCAUCAUCUCUUGCUUAUUAUAGUUUGCAGGUAAUUGCGUAGUAGCAGCAUAGAAAAUAUUCAGAUCCUACUUCAGCAUUCCAAAGAAAAUUACCAAAUAUCUUCUCAGUUCCAACUCCAAGUAACAGUGCGUCUAAACGAAUUUAAAUAUGGGUGGUUGCGAAUUAAUAGGCCGCCUUUACUGGCUAGUGAUUUUCGUGUGGUUGCCUGGAAAGUUCUUUGAAAAUCUGAGAACUGAGAAAGAAACUGCAGCUCAUGUCGCUGUAGAUAUUGACAUAAUUGGGACUUGAAGAACUUGGUAAUGGGAAACGGAGAAAAAAAAAACUUAAACAAAGAAUUCUACGCCAAAUUAAGAAUUCAAAUCGACGUGGGGAAGGGGAACUACAAGACCCUACAGUCAUGGGGUGGACCACAGAGAACUAGGGAGUUUUCCUUUCCUGUUUUCUUCCAUCCCACCAAACAAAUCUUUUUAUCUUAAGUUUCUUGUUUUGUGGUUCUUGUAGUUACAGUUGACUUCUACCUUGACGACAAUGGACUUGAUGACUCUUCCUGCUUUCCCAGCAAUAUACUAUGAAGUUGCUUCUGAGUUUACACAUAGCAGAUUGGCUUCAUGGUAGCUAAUAUAUAGAUACAGUGUUUAAUUACACAAAUAUGAGAGUCAGUUGUCUUUUGUGUAUUAUAUGAACUUCUCUGUGUUUAGCUGCCACCCUCCCUCUCUCCCCCUUUUGCCUGAAAAUUUUGUGUUCUUGUGCAUUUUUUGUUUGGUGUUAAUUUAUUUGUUAAUUAUUGUGUAAUAUCUUAGUCCAGUUGUAUGGCUAAGGUAUAUCCUCAACAAAUUAAUUUACGCGACCCUCUAGAAUCUUAGAUGCUAUACGGUUACUUUCAGCAUAAGAAAUUAGACAGCAAUAUCUUGAGCAGCUUGACUGUCACAAUAUCAUUCUUUUAGAAUGGAUCCGAGGUUGAAGAGGGCUGCUCAAGCAGGUGAUAUAGACGUCAUGUACACUUUAAUUAAGGAGGAUGCUAAACUUUUGGACCUUAAUGGGGUGUCAUUUGUUGAUACUCCUCUACAUGUAGCUGCAUCUGAAGGGCAUAUAUUGUUUGCCAUGGAGAUAAUGAGAUUGAAGCCAUCAUUUGCUAGGAAGUCAAACCAAGAUGGGUUCAGCCCCAUCCACUUGGCUCUGCAAAAUGGGAACACCCAGAUGGUGCUUCGUCUCCUAGACGUUGAUACAGGGCUCGUUCGUGUGUCAGGGAGGGAGGGUAUGACUCCAUUGCACUAUGUAGCCAAAGAAGGAAAUAUUGAACUCUUGCUUGUGUUUCUAUCCACAUGCCCCAAAUCCUUUGAGGAUGUGACAAUUCGAAAUGAGACUGCUCUGCAUAUUGCAUUGAAGAACGGCAAGGUUGAAGCAUUUGAAUUGCUGGUGAGAUGGCUAACACAUGCUUGCUAUGAAGGGGUUCAUCAACUGGAGAAAAGGAUAUUGAACUGGAAGGAUGAUAAAGGCAACACUUUGCUGCACAUUGCAACAAUUAGAAAUCAACCUGAGGAAGUUGAGCUUUUAUUAAACUCUAAGGUAGACGUAAACGCCAAGAAUUCGGCUGGUUUGACGGCCCUGGACAUCAUACAGCACCAAAGCUCGUCGGAUAACAUAAGAAUAAGGACUAUGCUAUGUUGUGUUGGAGCUCAGGAAGGGGCUUCACUUCCUAAUGUUGGCUUCACACACUACUUAAGAAAGGAUCAGAGGCUGAUGAAGGCUGCUCAAGAGGGAGAUAUUGAUGGCUUCUAUUCGUUGAUACAGGAGGAUUCGUGUAUUUUAGAGCGCAUUGAUCAGGUUCCAUUUGUUCAUACUCCUUUGCACGUAGCUGCAUCUGCAGGGCAUACCCACUUUGCCCUGGAGAUGAUGAGAUUAAAGCCACAAUUUACAAGGAAGCAAAACAAAGAAGGGUUCUCUGCAUUGCACUUGGCUUUGAAACAUGGGAAAACACAGACAGUGCUUUCUGUCUUGUCCGCCUAUAGAGACAUUGUCCGAGUCAAAGGAAGGGAGGGUAGGACUCUCUUGCACUGUGUAGCUGAAAUCGGAAACUUGGAUCUUCUGGCUGAAUUUCUAGCAGCUUGCCCAGAAUCUAUCAUUGAUCUGACAAAUCAGAAAGAAACUGCACUGCAUAUUGCUGCAAAGAAUGACAAGGCCGGAGCACUCGAAGUCUUGCUGGGAUGGAUUCAGCAUGUUGAUAUGGAUGAGGUCUUGCAGUGGACUGAUGUUGAAGGCAACACUGUAUUGCACAUUGCAACAGCAAGAAAUCAAUUCCAGGUGAUGAGGUUGUUAAUAAAAAGGGUUGACCUAAAUGCCAAGAAUUUGGAGGGUUUAACAGCUCUGGACAUCUCAUUGCAAGGACCAGAUAACAACACAGAGAUGAUAAAUUUAUUAUGCCGAAAUGGAGCUUUGGGAGCUUCCUCACUUCGUAGAGUAUCUUCUCUUGCAGACUCUUUGAGGAAAGAGAUGUCACUGACCGAAAAAUGGAUACUACGAAGUUACCUCGCAAAAUGUUGCAUGCCAAAUGAAAAGCGCAACGCUCUACUAGUGAUAGCUGUGCUGAUUGCAACAGCCACAUUCCAAGCUGUGCUCAAUCCCCCUGCUGGUAUCGAGAAAGGUUACUCUGAAACUCCUCAUAAUUUUAAAAGGAACUCCGCAGCCACGACCAGUAGCGCUGAAGAAAAUGCAGUAUCAAACUUUGCAUUUCACUCCGCUGCAGCAUGCGUUUCUUUCUUGGCUUUUAACACCAUGGCCUUUUUGACAUCUAUUUCUGAGAUAUGGUUUCACCUCCCACAAGGCCUUUAUUUCUUGAUAAAACUGGGUUUACCUCUAUUGUUAUGCUAUAUGCUUUCGUUGAGUCUCACAGCACCAGUAUCAAGUGUGACACCGUUUUACGUGGUUCUGUUAUUUUUAUCUCAAGUGAAAGCAAUAGUUAGGGUCAUGUUUUUUAAGAGGACAUUGGAACUAAAGCUCUCCCUGUUGAAACAUUGUCCCAGUUUACAUAGAGAAAUGGAAUCAUGACCUCUGUUUAUGUGGGAAUUUCAGUGCAAUGCCGCAUAUAAUUGAACUUGUGGAUGUGCACGAAAAGGAUAUACUCGAGAAGUGGAAUACCAUAAAUCC